UAAGUCGCAGAAGGCACUUAGUCGGUUGCCAAAAGGCAUUUUAGAAUUGACAUUUUCGUCCGACAGAAAUUGGAGUGUUUGAAAUGGAUUCGCCGGACGGAUCACGUGGCCAUAUCCUGGCCAUGGUGGUGCGGGUGUGCGCGGUGACCGCGAUUACCUACUACAGUGCCAAGUGGAUGCUCGGCGCACUGGAUCCCAAUAGCAAGAUGCGCAAGAAAGCCAAACAGGUGGCGGAGCAGCAGCUGCGGAAGCUAAACUCAACGGCCAGCGAUGUUGCUCAAAAGUUCCGGACGCGCGACUUUACCGAGCACGAGAUGGUGAUCGCCUCGCUUUUGGUGGCCCCCGAGGACAUCGAUGUCAGUUGGUCGGACAUCGCCGGCCUGGAUGCUGUUAUCCAGGAGCUCAGGGAGACGGUGGUGCUGCCGGUACGUCACCGAGAUCUCUUCCGCCGUUCACAACUUUGGCGGGCUCCCAAGGGCGUCCUUCUGCACGGACCGCCCGGCUGUGGCAAGACCCUGAUUGCCAAGGCCAUUGCCAAGGACGCUGGGAUGCGGUUCAUCAAUCUGGACGUGGCCGUGCUGACGGACAAGUGGUACGGCGAAAGUCAAAAGCUGGCCACCGCCGUCUUCACGCUGGCUCAAAAGCUUCAGCCCUGCAUCAUCUUUCUGGACGAGAUCGAUUCCUUUCUGCGUAUGCGCGGCAGCGGGGAUCACGAGGCCACCGCCAUGAUGAAGACCCAGUUUAUGCUGCAGUGGGACGGUCUGAUGAGCAGCGCCAACGUGUGUGUUCUCGUCCUGGGGGCCACCAAUCGGCCGCAGGAUCUCGACAAGGCGAUCCUGCGACGUAUGCCGGCACAAUUCCACAUCGGAGUGCCGCGCGACUGCCAGCGACAGGCCAUCCUUCAGUUGAUCCUGCAGAGCGAGCAGCAGCAUCCUUCGGUCAACCUCAAGGAGUUGGCCCGCCUGACUCCUGGAUUCUCGGGAUCCGAUCUCCGAGAGCUGUGUCGCCACGCCUCCAUGUAUCGCAUGCGCCAGUUUAUGCGCGAAAAACUGAACACAGACGAGAGUGAGUUCGAGGAGGACUUCCCGGGGGAGGAUCAAAACUACCAGGACUGCGAGCAGCUGCAGAUUCAGAUGGACGACCUGCUCAAGUCACUGACCGCCAUGAAGAUAUCCAAGUUCCAGGCGCACAGUGCCUUUGUCGAAAAAGAUCUGGACUUGGACUGAGGUCGCUGAGUAAAAAUUUUAAAUUGCUGCUAAUGCCGACAAUAAAAGCUGCAUAUGCUGAAUCUAUCAAUAUGUUAUGGAUAAAUUUCCGGUUUCUUGUCUUGGUAAAGAAGUUUCGUCAACGGAAGAUUAAAAUUGUUAACAUAUAAAACAAUGGUAUUGAGUGUGCGAAAAUAAAUCAGAAGGGUAUAUGAAUUUGAACUAUA